AUGAGGUCGCACGGACACGCAUUCAUUGUGCGUCCUUUUUUACUCCGGAUUCUUGUCUUUUUAUCUUUAUUAUUUAUUUUUACGUACGCAAAAUCAAAACUUGACUCUAAAGAACUCGUCCAAUUUACUCCUCCUAACUUCUCAAGACUAGUGAAAGUUGUUAAUGCUCUACCACCAAAACUUGACCUUAGUCCAAUAAAUUUAGUCCUUAUUUCCACACUGGAUGGCAACCUGCACGGUGUCGACCGGUAUACUGGCCAAGUGUUAUGGAGUUUAGAGGGUGCUGUUGAAGGUUCUUUGAUUAAAACAUUUACGCGUCCUUCGACUAAGCAGCAAAACGUAACUAACAUUGUUGGCCAAGAUGAAUUUGAAUAUGAUGGCCUAUUUGAUGAUGAUGAUAAUAAUAAUAGUCGAAUUAUCGACGAUUCUCGACUCACAAAGUUAAAUGGCGAUCUCGAAGAAGAAGAUGAUCCCGAUCUUGAAAUCACCUACAUCGUUGAACCCAAUAAUGAUGGUAUCUUAUAUAUGUUCUCUCCAAAGACAGGUCUUCAGAGGUUUCCUCAGACAGUCAAACAAUUGGUCAUGAAUUCUCCGUUUCGAUCUGUUGAUGGUAAAGUAUUCAUUGUCGGCAGCAAGUCUACAAAGUUUUUUGCCAUCGAUCCUGCUACUGGGAAGAUUCUCCAAUCGUUCAACAGCGAUAAUGAAUUAGAAAAUGAAUGUCCGUCUACGGCGUAUAAAAUUUCAAUUUAUAAUGAACGUGGUAAACCAAAAUGGAACCUCACCUAUACUGAAUAUGUCCCUCAUAGCUUUGACGCCAACAUUGAGCUGAUGUAUAAUACUUCUCCUGAUGGUCAUUACAUUUCUUCUACUCAUAAUGGUGAAGUUCUUUCAACUGACUCUAAAAAUGGUGAACAUAAUUGGUAUCAACAAUUUUCUUCCCCAGCUGUCGGAAUUUUUGACGUAUUGGCAUCAAAGGAAUUGUCAAGUGGUCUUCAUAUUGUGAGACAACCAAGACCUUCUAUUGCCCAAUAUAAUCAUCUACCGCAACAAAAACCUUCUCAAUUAUCUGCAUAUGUUGGAAACAUUGAUGGUACUUUGUUUGUCAUGUCGGUUGAAAACUAUCCGUUAACCCAGUCUAUGCCAUUUGGUAUAUCUGGCAACAUGGAUGAUGAAAAUAAGGUUCCCGAAAAUAAAGAACGUUGUCAUCCUGGUUCUUCAAUUUAUCCAAAGUGUUUAGUUGGAAACCACAUGAUGACCACUCAUGAGCAAACAGUACAGGUCAUUGAUCCUCCAUUAAAGGACAACACAACCCGAAUUCCCAUGAUUUCCACCAAACCCCAGAUUACAGCGCAGGUCGGUAUAUUUUGGGCCAUGACUAUAAUCGCGGUCAUCCUCGGAAUCAUUUAUUGGAACAAAACACGGGGAAAUGGGUUCAAAUUUUUAUUAGAAUAUAGAAAACGAUUUGGCUCUUUAUUUGAAAAUAAAUUUAUGGGUUCCUUUAAACAAAGUCCCCAGCGUGAUUCACUUGCUACGAAGCCUGGUGGAAAAAAGGAUUCUCCGAAGAAGAAUAAGAAACGUGGAAAAUCGACCGUAGUAACAAAGUCAACAGUAGUAAUAAAGAAGUUGGAUGUAAAAGAUGAUGAAAAAAUGAAUAAAUUACCUUUGGCUAAAGGUGCGCCUGCAAAAGAAUUGUUGUCGAUAGCUGAUAAUGUUAGUGUUCUUCCCGCAGGAAAUUCAGGAAAUUCUAACCUGGAUAAUUUCGUCGUACCUGCGACCACGAAUCAUGUUGCCUCCAUCGUUUCGAACACUGUUAACGGUGAAUUAAAGUUGAAUUCAUUGGUGGUUACGGAUAUAAUUUUAGGUUAUGGAAGCCAUGGGACUAUUGUGUAUAAAGGGUCCUUUGAAGGUCGUGAUGUUGCUGUGAAAAGACUUUUACUAGAUUUUUAUGAAAUUGCCUAUCAUGAAGUAUCAUUAUUACAAGAGAGUGAUGAUCAUCCGAAUGUUAUUCGUUAUUUUUGUAAAGAGCAAUGUGAUCGAUUUUUAUAUAUUGCUCUUGAACUUUGUCCCGCUUCAUUGUAUGAUUUAAUCGAACGAGGCUCAACAUUUAAGCAUGCACAUUUAUUAGUGUCGUUACAUCCUCCUUCCAAAAUUCUUUACCAGAUAGUCGCAGGUUUGCAUCAUUUACAUUCAAUGAAAAUAGUACAUCGUGAUAUUAAACCACAAAAUAUAUUAAUUGCCCCAUCAAAGAAUAAAAAAGUUAUAAAAGAUGGUGUUUCACAAGCAUCUGUUAGAGUAUUAAUAUCAGAUUUUGGUUUAUGUAAAAAGUUGGAUGGUGAAUCUAGUAGUUUUCAUAAUACAACAAACAAUAUAGGUGGAACCAUUGGUUGGCGAGCACCAGAAUUAUUGUCACCACCAUCACUAGACGGGAUAAAUAAUGGUACAGAGGAAAUUUGGACAUCAGUAGAUCGUCUAAAUGAUAAUUCUUUCACAUCAUCGUCAUCAGGCUCAGAUCACGACAAUGGCCAGCCACGAAGAAUAACAAAGUCUAUAGAUAUAUUUUCAGCUGGUUGUUUAUUUUAUUAUGUACUUUCUGGUGGUGACCAUCCGUUCGGUGAUCGAUAUUCGAGAGAGAUAAAUAUUUUGAAAGGAGUUUAUGAGUUGAACAAGUUAGAUGGAAUGGGUGAAGAAGGUUUUGAAGCUAGAGAUUUAAUUGAAAGGAUGAUUGAACGUGAUCCUAAGAAAAGGCCGAAAACGGGAACAGUGAUGAUACAUCCAUAUUUUUGGUCGCCAUCAAAAAGGCUUUCAUUUUUACAAGAUGCUUCAGAUAGAUUUGAAAUAGAAGAAAGAGAUCCACCGUCACCACUCCUACAACGGUUAGAACAAGGAGUUGGAAAAGUUAUAGGCUCAGAUUGGCAUAAAAGAAUCGAUAAAGUAUUUAUAGAGAAUUUAGGAAAAUAUCGAAAGUAUGAUGGAACCAAGAUUAGAGAUUUAUUGAGAGCUUUGAGAAAUAAGAAACACCAUUAUCAAGAUCUACCAGAACAAGUAAAAAGAGCAUUAGGUCAAAUACCUGAUGGAUUUUUACUUUAUUUCACGUCUAGAUUUCCCAACUUGAUGUUACACGUAUAUUAUGUUAUUGCAGAAUUCGAAAAUUUGAGGAAUGAAAGUAUAUUCAAGCAUUAUUUUGAAAUACCUGAGCCACUUGAAACAAACAAAGAGCCAUUGGGUUGUUCGUUUAUAAUAAAUUCUUUAGAGCUGCUUGAAAUAACAAUUAAUAAGGUUACAGAAUUGAAAGCAAUUAAAGAACUUAUUAUUA